AUGAAGCAUAUAGAGAUUCUGAUGAGUGGUGUGUUCACCGCUCCAUUUGUGAAGGGGGAGCAGGCCACGAAAUUUUUACGUGUAAAGAGACAGUCUGGGUACUGGAACCCCAACUAUUCUCACAACCAAUGGGGUUACACCAUACAAGAGCAGGCAAAUGAAUACUGGACUGAUUUGAGAGCAAAUGCUCAAUACUAUAUGGACAUGGGAAACCUGGUAUUUGACCGUUCUCUGGCUGAUGAGAACAAUAGGCUCUACAUGGAUAUGCUGAGGGAUGUAAGAGCACAGCUGGAUGCACACUCGGGCCAACAGUGAUUGAUAUGGACAAAACCAUUGACUGAUUAAGUCAAUGGAGAGUGCUGAGGCUGCGUUGCUGAUCUAAGGGAUGUGGGCAGGACAGCAGCCAAUAUUUUUUGCAUAGAGUUCUCUCAGAGAUUGCAAUAAGUUAGUUUGCAGGAAGGCUUUUUAUACAGUAUGCAGAAUGGAGGACUAGGAG